AUGCCCUCGGACUGGGAGGCCCGGCCGCUAGGCUCAGAGGGCUCCCACUCACCACCUCUGCCCGCCGGCCCCUCCAGCGACGUUGGGAAGCUGACCUGGGGUGGGGGUGGGUUCCCAGCCUCCCGCGCCCAGACCACCAGGACCCCCAGCUAUCGAGGGGGUGCCACGGGCCAGGGCAUCUUCCAGAGAGCGAGCGCCUGCCCAGCGCGAGGGAGUGGCCCCGAGCAGAAGAUGGCGGAGGCCACAGGCACCUCCCGGGCACAAGGGGGCCCACAGUGGGCACCUGUGCCCUGUGCCUCUUGGUCCAUUUCCCUAUUCCAGAAUAUCUCGAAGCCAAGCCUGGUGCAGAAUGACGCAGACACGGGGGGCAGUAGGAGGGGAGAAAAGCCAAAACUCCAGCGACAGAGGCGCCUGCCCCCGGUCCGCCGGGGGCGCUCGGCCGCCAAGAGGUGCCCAAAGUUAGGGAAACCAAGAGCGGAGCCGCCGGGCUGGGAGGAGCGGGCCGGGCGCCGCGGCCGAGGGGGCGCCGCUCGGGACCGGGAGCCAGGCCCCGGGGCGGCUGUGCAGUUUCUCUCCCUGGGCCUCAGGCUUCUCAUCUGCAAAAUGGGCACAGUGCGAGAGCCUUCUUCACCUGAGUUUAGGAUAGGCCCCCGGCAGGUGGCUGGGCCGUGGCAGAAGCAGCUGCUGGGCCCCACGUGGGAUCCGUUAAUCGUGCUGUGGCCGAGGCAGGGCCAGUACUGCGACAUCUGCACCGCCGCACACAGCAACAGGGCACACCCCGUGAGCAACGCCAUCGACGGCACGGAGCGCUGGUGGCAGAGUCCGCCGCUGUCCCGGGGACUGCACUACAAUGAGGUCAACGUCACCCUGGACCUGGGCCAGACCCGCCUGGCCCUGCAGCAUCAGCCCCGCAGGGACCCCACACUGGGUACAGACGGGUGCGAGCCAGGCCCAGGGCCCCCCGGGGAGCCGCACGCACGCUGCCCCCUGCUUCGCCGCGCAUGUGAGCAAACCGAGGCCGUGGGACGGCAGCCAGGGCGCGUCAUCCGGGACGCGGCGGGCAGCGGCACCGGGUCUCCAAGCCCCGGAGCUGGGAAGGGGAUGAGGACUGGCGGGGAGAGGCGGGCCUCACCUGAAGGGGUCCGUGGGGUCUUGGGCGUCACAGACGUCCGCGUGGCCAUGGCAGACGCAGCGGCCACCGAUGCUGAUGUCCUUGAUGCUAUAAUAAUACUGCACCCGCGGGCGGUGAGCGCCACGGCCCACCCACACCAGCCCCAGCCCGGCCAGACCGCCCCUGGGGCCCACCGGUCGGCGUCUCACCCGGCGGGUGACGGUGGGGUCCCGCAGCGCCUUGCCCAUGAGGUGGCCCAGCAGCGUGUUUGUGCGCAGGAAGCGCAGACGGAUGUUGGUAGCUUUGGUGAAGUCACGCAGCAGGGACCAGCAGGGACCGGCCACCGUGCUGCCCCAGAGCCCACCUCGCCGUUCUCCAGGGGCACGAUCCGGGAGUACUCGGUGGAGCAAACGACGUGGUCGUCCCGCGUGAUGCGCUCCAGCGUCUGUGGCCCGAACCGCUCAAAGCAGUCCCUCUUGGAGGCUGUGUGUGGGAACCGGGCGGGAAGCGGGAGCGUCCCCAUCAACGUGGCCGGUCACGGUGGCGCUGGACAGGUGCGCCAGGGAGACGUCAGGGCUCCUGACCGGCUCCCCUUGUUGCUCCUGGAGCUGCUGGGCCACGAAGCCGGUCUCAUGAGGGCCAAGAUGUGGCACCAGAGAUCCUGGCAGCACCAGCGCCUGGACCCAGCCCGGGCCCACCACCCAGAGGUCCGGUCUCGGCGAGUUGGCGAACUUGAUGAGCACAUAGGCCACGUGGAAAACCUGCGGGAGGACUGUGACUGCAGCGCCGCCGGGACCCAGGGCAACGCCUGCCGGAAGGACCCGCGGGUGGGACGCUGCGUGUGCAAACCCGCCUUCCAGGGCGUCCACUGCGAGCUCUGUGCCCCGGGGUUCUACGGCCCGAGCUGCCAGCCCUGCCGGUGUUCCAGCCCCGGAGUGGUGAAUGGGGACUGCGACCCUGACUCGGGCCACUGCGUGUGCCGGGAGGGCUUCGAGGGGGCCGCGUGUGACCGCUGUGCCCCGGGAUACUUCCACUUUCCUCUCUGCCAGCUGUGUGGCUGCAGCCCCGUGGGGACCCUGCCGGAGGGCUGUGAUGAGGCCGGCCGCUGCCCGUGCCGGCCAGGGUUCGACGGCCCUCACUGUGACCGCUGCAGCCCGGGCCACCAUGGCUACCCCGACUGCCACGCCUGCACCUGCGACCCCCGGGGUGCCCUGGACCAGCUCUGCGGGGCAGGGGGCGUGUGCCUCUGUCGCCCCGGCUACACGGGCGCUACCUGCCAGGAAUGCAGCCCCGGCUUCCACGGCUUCCCCCACUGUGCCCCCUGCCGCUGCUCCGCCGAGGGCUCCCUGCACGUGGCCUGUGACCCCCGCAGCGGGCAGUGCAGCUGCCGGCCCCACGUGACGGGGCUGCGAUGUGACGCCUGCGUGCCCGGCGCCUACAACUUCCCCUCCUGUGAAGCCGGGUCCUGCCACCCUGCCGGCCUGGCCCCGGCCGAUCACACUCGUCCUGAGGCACAGGCCCCUUGCACGUGCCGGGCUCAUGUGGAGGGGCCGAGCUGCGAUCGCUGUAAACCCGGGUUCUGGGGGCUGAGUCCCAGCAACCCCGAGGGCUGCACCCGCUGCAGCUGUGAUCCCCGGGGCACGCUGGGUGGAGUCGCCGAAUGCCGGCCGGGCGACGGCCAGUGCUCCUGCAAGCCUCACGUGUGUGGCCAGGCCUGCGCAGCGUGCCGGGACGGCUUCUUCGGGCUGGACCGAGCUGACUACUUUGGCUGCCGCAGCUGCCGGUGUGACGUUGGCGGUGCGCUGGGACAGGGCUGUGACUCGCGGACGGGCGCCUGCCGGUGCCGCCCCAACACCCAGGGCCUCACCUGUGCCGAGCCGGCGCGGGACCACUACCUCCCUGACCUACAUGACCUACGCCUGGAGCUGGAGGAGGCAGCCACGCCCGAGGGCCGCACCGCGCGCUUCGGCUUCAACCCCCUCGAGUUCGAGAGCUUCGGCUGGAGGGGCUACGCGCAAAUGUCGCCCAUCCAGGUGGACGUUCAGCUUCAGGUGGCUGUGCCACAGCCGGGCCGCUACGUCCUGGUGGUGGAGUAUGCCAAUGAGGACGCCCGCCAGGAGGUGGGCGUAGGCGUGCACGUCCCGCGGCGGGCCCCUCAGCAGGGGGCACUCACUUUGCACCCCUGCCUCUACAGCACCCUGUGCCGGGGCGCCGCCCUGGACACGCAGCACCACCUGGCGGUCUUCCACCUGGACACGGAGGCCAGCGUCCGGCUCACGGCCAAGCAGGCACGCUUCUUCCUGCACAGCGUCACCCUGGUGCCCGUGGAGACAUUCAGCUUGGAGUUCGUGGAGCCCCGGGUCCGCUGUGUCAGCAGCCACGGAGCCUUCGAGCCCAGCAGUGCCACUUGCCUGCCGUCGCGCUUCCCGAAGCCGCCCCAGCCCAUCAUCCUGCGGGACUGCCGCGUGCUGCCGCUGCCUCCCGGCCUCCCCCUGGCCCGCUCGCAGGACUUCACGCCCGGCGCGCUCCCGCCAGGGCCCCAGCCUCGGCCCUCCACUGCCGUGGACCCCGACGUGGAGCCCACCCUGCUGCGCCACCCCCAGGGGACUGUGGUCUUCACCACCCACGUGCCUGCGCUGGGCCGCUAUGCCUUCCUGCUGCAUGGCUACCAGCCGGCGCACCCCACCUUCACCGUGGAAGUCCUCGUCAGCGGGGGCCGAGUCUGGCAGGGCCACGCCAACGCCAGCUUCUGCCCACACGGCUACGGUUGCCGCAUCCUGGUGGUGUGUGAGGGCCAGACCGUCCUGGAUGUGACCGACAGCGAGCUCACCGUGACCGUGCGUGUGCCCGAGGGCCGGUGGCUCUGGCUGGAGUAUGUGCUGGUGGUCCCCGAGGAGGCCUACAGCUCCAGCUACCUCCGAGAGGAGCCCCUGGACAAAUCCUACGACUUCAUCAGCCAGUGUGCCAGCCAGGGAUACCACAUCAGCCCCAGCAGCUCGUCCCAGUUCUGUCGUGAUGCAGCCUCCUCUCUCUCUCUCUUCUAUAACAACGGGGCUCGGCCUUGUGGCUGCCAUGAAAUGGGAGCCACGGGCCCCACAUGUGAGCCCUUUGGGGGCCAGUGUCCCUGCCGUGCCCAUGUCAUCGGCCGUGACUGCUCCCGUUGUGCCACUGGCUACUGGGGCUUCCCCAGCUGCAGGCCCUGUGACUGCCGAGGCCGCCUGUGUGAUGAGCUCACCGGCCGCUGUGUCUGCCCGCCUCGCACCGUCCCGCCCGAGUGCAUCGUCUGUCAGCCCCAGACCUUUGGCUGCCACCCCCUGGUUGGCUGUGAGGAGUGUAACUGCUCGGGGCCUGGUGUCCAGGAGCUCACGGAUCCCACCUGUGACAUGGACAGUGGCCAGUGCAAGUGCAGACCCAAUGUGGCCGGGCGCCGCUGUGACACCUGUGCCCCUGGCUUCCACGGCUACCCCAGCUGUCGCCCCUGUGACUGCCACGAAGCGGGCUCCACGCCCGGCGUGUGCGACCCCCUCACGGGCCAGUGCUACUGCAAGGAGAACGUGCAGGGCCUGAGGUGUGACCAGUGCCGCCUGGGGACCUUCUUCCUGGACGCUGCCAACCCAAAAGGCUGCACCCGCUGUUUCUGCUUCGGGGCCACCGAGCGCUGCGGGAGCUCGGCCCACACCCGCCGGGAGCUUGUGGACAUGGAGGGCUGGACGCUGCUGAGCAGCGACCGGCAGGUGGUGCCUCACGAGCUGCGGGCGGCCUCGGAGCUGCUCUACGCCGACUUGCGGCUCGGGGCCGAGGCCUUCCCUGAGCUGUACUGGCAGGCCCCACCCUCCUACCUGGGGGACAAGGUGUCAUCCUAUGGCGGGACCCUCCGCUACGAACUUCACUCGGAGACCCAGCGGGGAGACGUGUUCAUCCCCAUGGAAAGCAGGCCGGACGUAGUGCUGCAGGGCAACCAGAUGAGCAUCAUGUUCCUGGAGCCGGCGUACCCGGCGCCCGGCCACGUCCACCGCGGGCAGCUGCAGCUGGUGGAGGGGAACUUCCGGCACACGGAGACCCACAGCGCCGUGUCCCGCGAGGAGCUCAUGAUGGUACUGGCGGGCCUGGAGGAGCUGCACAUUCGCGCGCUCUUCUCCCAGACCUCCUCGGCCGUCUCCCUGCGCAGGGUGGCGCUGGAGGUGGCCGGCGAGGCGGGCGGGGGGCCUCCAGCCAGCAACGUGGAGUCGUGCAUGUGCCCUGCCAACUACCUUGGGGAUUCUUGCCAGGAGUGUGCCCCCGGCUAUUACCGGGACGUCAAAGGUCUCUUCUUGGGUCGCUGUGUUCCCUGUCAGUGCCACGGCCACUCAGACCGCUGCCUCCCCGGCUCGGGCGUCUGCGAGGGCUGCCAGCACAACACCGAGGGCGACCGCUGCGAGCACUGCCAGGCUGGCUUUGUUCGCAGUGGGUCCGAGGACCCGACGGCCCCCUGUGUCAGCUGCCCCUGCCCCCUCGCCGUGCCUUCCAACAACUUCGCGGUGGGCUGCGUCCUGCGAGGUGGCCGCACACAGUGUCUCUGCAAACCCGGCUAUGCGGGCGCCUCCUGCGAGCGAGAGGGCUGGGCCUGCGUGCCAGGAGUGGGGGAGGAGGGGCUCCCGGGGCUGAGGCUGCCUUCCGCCACAGCGCGGGCUACCCUCCAGGGCACCGGGACCCCGCUCCGAGAUGCCCAGGCCAAGAAGGAGCAGCUGGCAGCCCGAGUCCGGGAGGUACAGGCCAUGUUGGCCAUGGACACAGACGAGACGAGCAGGAAGAUCGCUCAUGCCAAAGCCGUGGCCGCUGGAGCCCAGGACACGGCCGCCCGUGUGCAGUCCCGGAUUCGGAACAUGCAGCAGAACUUGGAGCGGUGGCAGGGCCAGUACGGGGACCUGCGGAGCCAGGACCUGGGCCAGGUGGUCCUGGACGCGGGCCGCUCAGUGUCCACCCUGGAGAAGACGCUGCCACGGCUGCUGGCCAAGCUGAGCCUCCUGGAAAACCGUGGGGCGCACAACGCCAGCCUGGCCUUGUCCACCAACAUUGGCCGCGUGCGGGAGCUCAUUGCCCAAGCCCGGGGGGCUGCCAGCAAGGUCAAGGUGCCCAUGAAGUUCAAUGGGCGCUCGGGGGUGCAGCUGCGUGCCCCUCGGGACCUCUCCGACCUCGCCGCCUACACCGCUCUCAAGUUCUACCUCCAGAGUCCAAAGAUGGCGUCUGGCCAGGUCACCGGGGACCGCUUCGUGCUGUACAUGGGCAGCCGCCAGCCCAGUUACAAGGACCCUGUGCCCGCAGUGACCAAAGGUGGGAAUACCCUCCGGCUGACGGUGGACACACAGACCAACGGCACCCGAGGCCCCACGGUGGCAGUGGCCUCAGGGGACGCCCUGGCCCCUCUGCACCUUGGCGGCCUGCCCGGGCCCACGAACACACAGGCUGGGCCUCUGGCCUACCAUGGCUGCAUGAGGAACCUGGUGGUGAACCGGUCCCCCGUCACCUGGCCUCGCUCUGUGGGUGUUCAGGGGGCAGUGGGGGCCAGCGGCUGCCCCACCACCUAG